UUUAAGAUUUACUCGGACAUCUAAGAUUCAUUUUUUCAGAUAUGAUUAUUGUGCAGUAACCUGAGUCUUAUAGAGAAAUAUCUUGUUUAUGGUCGUCAAUAUUCAUCGAAGAUUCAUUUGGUUUCUGUAUCAUCUUCUUACUGUUUCACAAUUAUAUCAUGACAGCAAUAAACGUGAAUUGGUUACAUUCGGUAGAAGGGGAAUCGCUAAUGCACCACUUUUAUGUAAACACAUCGAAGAAGAGAAGAUUUUAUGGUAUUCUUGAAAGACCUCCUCUACCAUCUUCAAUCGAGGAAGUUACAUAUAAAAUUUUUAUGGUUGGUAGAUCUGGUGUAGGAAAAACUGCAGUUGUAGCUCGCCUUGCUGGAACAUUAGAAUCCAGCAAUUAUACUGAAACUAAUGGCAUAAAAAAGACUAAUAUAUUUUGGCCAGUCAAGAUAUGGGAUAAAGUUGUAUUGUUUAAGCUACAGUUUUGGGAUACUUCAGAAACAAGCAUUAAGAAAUAUAAUCAUAUAUUGCCUGCAUGUAAAGACAAAGUAGAUGCUAUAUGUUCAGUAUUUUCCUUUGAUGACGCAACAGGAUUUAAUGACGUUCCAUAUUUGAUGAAUACUAUGGCAGCUAUAAAAGAGAAACCAGCAAAUAUAGUAAUAGGAACAAAAUUUAAACCAUGGUCCAGUUCUACAAUAGAAGAUGCUCGGAUAAAGGAAUUUGAAGACAAGUGGAAAGUUAAAGUUAUCAGAAUUGAUAUUAACAAACUUUCCACAAGGUCUGAAGUGUUUGAUUGUUCUUAUCAGUUGAAUACUAUAUGUAAUAUUCUUUGGAACAGAGAUAAAGAAUUUAUAUCUAAACAAAUGGGACAGAGCCAAUAA